AUGUCGUCCAGUCUGCGCCCUCUCCAGCAUGCGUCUCGCACCCUGAAAAGGCGCCUCAACGCGCCGGCAAAUUCCGGCUCUGUUUCCGCUUUCGCUGGCGCACGAAGGCGGUAUGCUGCCGCGGCUUUCGCGCGGGCACCGGUGGUAGAGGAGGUGCACGAGGAGGAGACGAGGACACGGCCGUAUGCGGACGAGGGCUUUACGACGAAAUAUCAGCGCGCGACGCCGCCGGCUGAGGCUGGUGCACGGCUGGCCACGCAUUUGAACGAGACGUUCAAGCCGCUACAAUUUCCGCCUGAGCUUGCUGCGCGCAUGCUCACCCAUGUCAGUCAUCGUGACGCGGUGAACGGCCACAACGGCAGACUCGCAUUCCUCGGUCGACGCAUCACCGAGAGCUACCUACUCUUCUGGUUACACUCUUUACCACCAGACCUCAGCGAACGCUACGACCACGACCGCACAUGUGCACGUGUCCUGAAUACAUAUACGCUCGGCGAGCUGGUCGCGCCGAAAUGGGGAAUCAGUAGCCGUAUGCGGUGGUCUUCGCCACAAGUCGAGGUGAAGGAGGGCGAGGAGCCGAGCAACGCAGCUCAGGUCGGCCUGUACAAAGUCGGAGGAAUGGGCGUCGAAGCAGUAAUGGGAGGAAUCUACCACCAAUUCGGCGGUUCCAUCGCACACCGUGUCUUCCAAACACGACUGCUUCCACACCUGAUACAGCCCAAACGCCCGAUGGGUUUACCGGACACGCUCGUCGACGCUGCGCGGGAAUCUAUACAGAGGAUGGGCGGUCCUCAGGGUCCUCUCAUCCCGUCGCCUAUGUACACGCGGUAG